CCCCAUUUCUGCAAAAUCCAAUCCUACUUUUAGGUUCUGUCUCUUCUGUUUACCCCUGAAACCAUCCAUAAGAAACUUCAAACUUAUACCCCCUUUGUUUUCCCUCUGGAAGCUGAAAACAAUAUGGCAGAGAACGGAAGAGAACAACCUAACGACCUAGAAACAGGAAACUCAGAGGCGGGCUCUUCUUCAAUGAAUAUUGAGAUUACAAAAGAGAGUGCCUCAACACCAAUUGAGCCUUCUCCAACAUCAGUAAAUAAGGAGAACACAAAUCCUGAUGAGAAUUCAAAAUCAAAAGGUGGAACUGAAGAGGGCACGGGCAAUUCUGUUACUACCACCACAAGUAAGAGCUAUGGAUGUUUAGUGAUUUUAUUGGUUGUCUUGAUUGCACUCCUUCUGCCUGUGUAUUACCUGAUUAAAUAUGCUUGCUUAAUCGUUCUUGCAAUUGCUGCUCCUAAGAAGCGGACAAUUUGGGUGGUAUUGGAGUGGAUUGCAUUGGUUGGCUUCACCGGGUUUUUGGGUUGCUAGUGUCUUAUAAUCUCGUAAGUGAUUAAAGGGUUUGUCUAAUCUUCCUCCUUAGAGCAAAAGUUAGGGCAAAAGUUAAGAUGUAAUAAAUAUAUCUUUUUAUU